GCGAGACUGUUGGAGGAGGCGGCGCCCACCGGGCAGGAGCUUCCACCAGGGACUAGGAGAUCUGGGGCAAAGGGCACUACCUGUAAGGUCACGCCCUUCUGACCCUGCGAUCCAGUCAGCGUAGAAACCCAUGGCUCGGUGUGGACCGCACGGAGAACAGGCCCUGCAGCACUACUUCCGCUGGAGCUCGGGUCGGUUCCUUCUGUUUGCUUCCCAGUAACAGUACUGCAGGAGUUUCCUGCUGCAGAGAAAGGAGGCUUGGAGAGAGUAAACGCCGCAGCCUCGGUCACACAGGAACUGGUGUGAAGGAUGGACACUCUACGGAGGGCAGUACUAGGAGUUACCCAGAACAGCAAGGGCCUCCACAGCUGUGAGGACAGAGAUCUGUGAGCCACGACUGUUCAUGGGCUAAACACCCACUUUGCUUUCAUAUCGGCCUCCCCGCCUCUCCUGCAGCUGUCCCAGGUGUGCACCCCAGACUCUUCCCACAGGCACCCUUGAGCCAGGACUGAACUCAGGAAGUAGCAGCAGCAAGCAGUGGAGUCAACCGGGGUGACCAAACUCCGGAGUUUUCCUGCCUGGGACAGCCACGGUAUCAGCUGUGGCCUACAGAAGAGAAAAACCAUUAAUCUCCUCAUCUCUGCUGUACCUUAGCGAAAAAUGCCACAGAAUCAGAUACUGAUAAAAGAGGAAAUGAGAAUAUUAGGGGCCAUACAGAUAAUGAACGGCCUGAUUAUUCAGUUCCUGGGAACCAUUUGGGGAUACCUGCUCAUCUCGCAAACAACUGCACUGCUUUCUGUCUAUAUUCCUAUCGUAACUCUCGUGGGAUACCCAUUUUGGUCAACUUUAACUUUCAUCUUCUCAGGAGCCUUUACAGUAGUAAUGCAGAAGAGGCCUUCACUGUACACGAUAUCUUAUGCGAUCUUGGGGAACAUCAUCAGCUCCUGCAUCGCGGUGCUCGGCCUGCUCUUGCUAAUAUUUGAGCUUAGUGUAGCUACCUUUUUGGUAGAAACAUCUAUUUGGCAAAUGAGAAGUGCUAAAAUGCUCUCGGGAUAUUUGUUCCUGUUCACUGCUUUGGAGCUGUUUGUGGCCAGUGUAGCAACCCACUGGGCAUACCAAGCAAAAAAGUCAAACCUAAAUACAUAGUAAAAUUGGAAGCUGAAUUUCUAUCUGAAGGCAUUCAAACUCAUAAUCUAAAGGAAAAAAUUUUGUAGCUCUAUUUAAACACAAAGUAAACAUAUAAAUACCCACGUAUCAUUCUUCGUUCUCCUCUAAACAAAGUGAAAAGCAAAGAAUGGAUUGAACAUAUUAGAACAUAGCAUUUUCUACCCAAACUAGACAGAGCUGAAAUGGAAAGAAGAGAAGAAGACUAAGAGGAAGAGAAAAGGAAGGAAAUGAAGAAAAUAACUUAAAGGCAUGUAGUUUUAGGGAUCCCAAUAAUGAGGGAAAUCCAAUCAGAAUGCUU